AUGAUGCAUGAAAGAAAUUUACAAAAUAGCGUCUUCACCAAUUUUGAAGAAUUAAGCAAAAAACAUACCUUUCUAAACAUAUUUUUACGCAAAAAUAAUAGUGGGAAAUUAUUUUACAAUUUUGGAAAAUCUCUAGCCAUCUACUUCCUCAGUAAAGCCACCCUGAAGGAGUACUACGACCUAAACUUUUAUUUGCCUUAUGUACAAUGCAAAGCGCUCGAUGGGACCCUAGAACACAUAACUGUAGUAUCGAAGGGAGAAGAUGGCGACUACGUUACUGCUCAAGUGAGUGAUCUGGCCCAGUUUAAGAACACCCUCUUUAUCAUGUAUAAUGAGUACAACCACAUGCUACUGAAUUUGCAAAGUGAAAGGGAAGAGUGUGUGCUGAUGAACGAGAGUACCUCCAUAGAGGAGGAAAGUAGGGGCAAGAAAAACUACCUGUGUCCAAACAUUCCUGGCAGGGCUAAUUACAUGCACUAUAUAGCCGACUUGACUGCGCUGCCGAGGCUUCCCGGGGAGGGGGCCUCCGAAGGGGCCAACCAUGGUGCUCAUCCGAGUGAACGGGCUAGCGUUCUCCCUUUGGAACAGCUGGACGAAUGGGCACCACCUACGCAGCAGACCAAUGGCGAGGAGAAGGACGCUCUACUGCGCGGCAGCCAAAUAAAAGUACUAGACAUUGGGGUGGGCUCAAACUGCAUAUACCCACUACUCGGGAACUGCAUUUACAAUUGGUCCUUCGUAGGGGUAGACGUAAAUUUAGACUCAUUAAAAUUUUGCUAUUUAAACAUUUUACUGAAUAACAAAGAAAGCAGCGUAGUGCUCAAGUAUCAAAAGGACCCUAGGAAAAUAUUUAAUAACGUUGUAAAUGAUAAAGACUUUUUUUUUUUCACCGUUUGUAACCCGCCAUUUUACAGUUCCUUGGAUGAAGUUAACAGAAACCCCUUUCGGAACAUCCGGGCCCACGUGAACGAAGUGGUUUAUUUUGACGCCGAACAAGUUGCACCUACGGAGUUGCAGAAGGUCGACGAUGAGUUUGGCUCCGCGGAAGAGGAUAAAACAGUACGUAGUACACGUAGUGAGCACAUUGGAGCAGAUACGGAUAAGUCUCGCCUGGCGAAUUGUGAUGAUUAUCUAGAGAACAACUGCUCCCUCGGUGCGACCUACAAUAGUGAGGAGGAACAUCUCGGUGGGAUGAAAGAAGUGGAUGAGGGGCUGCAAAAAGGACAAAUGCAAAGCGACAUACCUGGCAACUGUAUCGGGGGAGAAUACGGCUUUGUCCUAAAUAUGAUUAAGGAAAGUAGCUCCUACUUUUACAACGUAGUCUGGUUCACCACCAUGGUCUCCAAAUUUAAAAAUGUGAAAUUAAUAAAAAAGGAAAUAAUAAAGUCUAUGCGAUUGUACACCAUGGAUAACAAAAAACAAGUGAAUUUUCUGGAUGCCCUUACACGGAAUGACAUGCAUUUUGAUGAGCACCUCCGUUUGCAGAAGGUGCAGGGGUGUUCCUUCCCGGUGCACAUAGCGCAGCAUCGAAUUUUCGAGUCCUACACCGGCAGAAUAACCAGGUGGAUCGUUUGCUGGUCCUACUACGGGGAGGAGCACAUCGGCCGCGUCAAGCGGCUGCUGCACGGGCGAAUUUGUGCAGCGUGA